AUGGGCUUAGAGGUCCUGCUGUGGACCCUACAGGUCCUGAAAGGAACCCUACAGGUCCUGGGAGGAAACCUACAGGUCCUGGGAGGAAACCUACAGGUCCUGGGAGGAAACCUACAGGUCCUGGGAGGAAACCUACAUGUCCUGGGAGGAACCCUACAUGUCCUGGCAGGAACCCUACAGGUCCUGGGAGGGACCCUACAGGUCCUGGGAGGAACCCUACAGGUCCUGGGACGAACCCUACAGGUCCUGGGAGGGACCCUACAGGUCCUGGGAGGGACGCUACAGGUCCUGGGAAGAACCCUACAGGUCCUGGGAGGAACCCUACAGGUCCUGGGAGGAAACCUACAGGUCCUGGGAGAGACACUACAGGUCCUGGGAGAGACACUACAGGUCCUGGGAGAGACAUUACAGGUCCUGGGAGAGACACUACAGGUCCUGGGAGAGACACUACAGGUCCUGGGAGAGACACUACAGGUCCUGGGAGAGACACUACAGGUCCUGGGAGAGACCCUACAGGUCCUGAAAGGAACCCUACAGGUCCUGGGAGAGACCCUACAGGUCCUGGGAGGAACCCUACAGGUCCUGGGAGGAAACCUACAGGUCCUGGGAGGAAACCUACAGGUCCUGGGAGGAAACCUACAGGUCCUGGGAGGAAACCUACAUGUCCUGGGAGGAACCCUACAUGUCCUGGCAGGAACCCUACAGGUCCUGGGAGGGACCCUACAGGUCCUGGGAGGAACCCUACAGGUCCUGGGACGAACCCUACAGGUCCUGGGAGGGACCCUACAGGUCCUGGGAGGGACGCUACAGGUCCUGGGAAGAACCCUACAGGUCCUGAGAGGAACCCUACAGGUCCUGGGAGGAAACCUACAGGUCCUGGGAGAGACACUACAGGUCCUGGGAGAGACACUACAGGUCCUGGGAGAGACAUUACAGGUCCUGGGAGAGACACUACAGGUCCUGGGAGAGACACUACAGGUCCUGGGAGAGACACUACAGGUCCUGGGAGAGACACUACAGGUCCUGGGAGAGACACUACAGGUCCUGGGAGAGACCCUACAGGUCCUGAAAGGAACCCUACAGGUCCUGGGAGAGACCCUACAGGUCCUGAAAGGAACCCUACAGGUCCUGGGAGGAAACCAUCAGGUCUUGGGAGGGACCCAUCAGGUCUUGGGAGGGACCCUACAGGUCCUGGGAGGAAACCUACAGGUCCUGGGAGGAAACCUACAUGUCCUGGGAGGAAACCUACCGGUCCUGGGAGGAAACCUACCGGUCCUGGGAGGAAACCUACAGGUCCUGGGAGGACCUGGGAGGGACCCUACAGGUCCUGGGAGGAACCCUACAGAGCUGAGAUCUACUGGCACUGCCCACCACUUCUCCUUCCUGCUCAACUCAACAGACUACCGUAUCCUGCGUAUGGACGAGGACCACGACCGCAUGUACGUGGGCAGCAAGGACUACAUCCUGUCUCUGGACCUGCACGACAUCAACAAGGAGCCACUCAUAAUUCACUGGCCUGUGGCUCCUCAGAGGAAAACUGAGUGUGUUUUGUCUGGAAAGGAUAUCAACGGGGAAUGUGGGAACUUCAUCCGUCUGAUCGAGCCAUGGAACCGAACCCACCUGUACGUGUGUGGAACAGGGGCAUACAACCCCAUCUGCACCUACGUGGACCGCGGGCGCAGGUCCCAGGCCCUCUACCUGCAGGCACCCCAGUCCGGAGGGAGGACCAGCCGGGCGGCAGACUUCAGCACUACGGCAGGGCCUGUGGAGUCAAAGGAAUAUAUCUUCCGUUUAGAGCCAGGCAAAGUGGAUUCGGGGAAAGGCAAAUGUCCUUACGACCCUAAACUCAACAGCGUCUCAGCUUUGAUCAAUGGGGAGCUCUACGCUGGGGUCUACAUUGACUUCAUGGGGACUGAUGCGUCCAUCUUCCGUACUCUAGGGAAACAGACUGCCAUGAGGACGGAUCAAUACAACUCCAAAUGGUUAAAUGAUCCCAUAUUCAUCAAGGCACACCUCAUCCCAGACAGUGCUGAGAAGAAUGAUGACAAGCUGUACUUCUUCUUCCGGGAGAAGGCUUCAGAGAUGGGCCAGAGUCCCAUGGCCCAGUCCAGGAUAGGCAGGAUCUGUCUGAAUGAUGACGGUGGACACUGCUGCUUGGUCAACAAGUGGAGCACUUUCCUGAAGGCCAGACUCAUCUGCUCUGUGCCUGGGGUGGACGGCAUAGAGACCCACUUCGAUGAGCUCCGGGACGUGUACAUCCAGCCAACUCAAGACACAAAGAAUCCUGUCAUCUACGGAGUGUUCUCAGUUUCAGGAUCCGUGUUUAAGGGCUCAGCAGUGUGUGUCUACUCCAUGGCUGACAUCCGUCAGGUCUUUAAUGGACCCUAUGCUCACAAGGAGGGGCCCAACUAUCAGUGGAUGGCCUACACUGGGAAGAUCCCCUACCCUCGUCCUGGGACAUGUCCCGGUGGUACGUUCACCCCCAACAUGAAGUCCACUAAGGAUUACCCAGACGAGGUGAUUAACUUCAUGCGUAACCACCCCACCAUGUACAACACUGUGUACCCAAUACACAAGCGCCCCCUGGUGGUCCGGAACAACGUGGACUAUGAGUUUACCACCAUCACCGUGGACCAGGUGGCUGCUGCAGAUGGGAGCUACGAGGUCCUCUUCCUGGGGACAGACAGGGGGACGGUUCAGAAGGUAAUUGUCCUGCCCAGAGAUGACCUGCAGACUGAGGAGCUGGUGCUAGAGGAGGUGGAGGUGUUCAGGGUGCCAACUCCCAUAACCACCAUGAAGAUUUCCUCCAAAAGGCAACAGCUGUAUGUGGGCUCAGUGUUGGGUGUGACCCACCUGGCCCUCCAUCGCUGUGACGUGUACGGGGAGGUGUGUGCUGACUGCUGCCUGGCCCGGGACCCCUACUGCGCCUGGGACGGAAAGUCCUGUACCCGCUACUCCGCCUCGCAGAAGAGGCGCAGCCGUCGACAGGAUGUAAAGUAUGGCAACCCAAUCCGCCAGUGCAGAGGCUAUAACUCCAACGCCAAUAAGAACACGCUGGAGAUGGUGCAGUAUGGGGUGGAGGGCAGCACUACGUUCCUGGAGUGUCAGGCCAGGUCCCCUCAUGUGUCCCUCAAAUGGCACCUGCAGAGGGAGAACAGCGACAGGAGGAAAGAGAUCCGCUCUGAGGGCCGGACACUAAAGACAGAGCUGGGUCUACUGCUGCGUUCCCUCCAGUCAUCAGACAGCGGCGUCUACCAGUGCACGGCCACAGAGAAGAACUUCAAACACACGCUGGUCAAGCUACAGCUGGUGGUCCUGUCCAGCCGCACGGUAAACAGCAUUCUGGUAGAGACAGGCAGCCCAGCCCUGCCACCCCUCCAGUCCAGCCCUUGGACUCCCAGCGCGGGUCAGUACAAGGACCUGCUGACCAUCCUGAGCCAGCCAGAGAUGGGCCUGAUCAACCAGUACUGUCAGGACUACUGGCAGCUGGGAGAGGGCAGUCCAGGGGACCCCAUGCUGGCCGUUGGCAAGGCCAAGGAACUGAAGGAGGUGAAAGAGCAGAAGAAGCCCCGCAACCGCCGGCAUCAUGACGAUGACGAUGAGCGUGAGGACGAUGACGAUGAGCACACCACCCCAGCCGAAACAUGA